CAUUGUAAUGCAACUGGUUGACGAAUUUAAACAUGGUAGCCUCCGUAACACGCCACGCCGACGCAGUAACUAUGUAAUUUUCAAACCAAAUGUAGUAUUUCAUCAAGUAAUUAUACAUUUGUUAUAGUAAGAACAGCUUCAGGUGACGUUUGAGCUAAAUGUCGGCGUCAUUGGUCUUUAAUGCGACAAAGGUCAGACCGCUUCUAUCCCGGUGCAGGUCGCUGUCCACCGACCAGCCGACACCAGGGAAUGGCUCACCAAGUGUCCCCACCGAGACUGAACGCCAAAGACCCUGGAAGGACCCCAGGGGCUGCUCCGUGUUCCUCUUCCCCGGCCAGGGCAGCCAGUUUGUGGGCAUGGGACGCGGACUGUUGAGGUACCCCAACGUUGAAGAAAUGUUUAAGGUGGCUCAGAAGGUGUUGGGCUACGACCUGCUGUCUCUGUGCCUGGAGGGACCCGAGGAGGAGCUGAUGAAGACGGUUCACUGCCAGCCGGCUGUGUUCGUCACCUCCUUGGCUGCUGUGGAGAGGCUGAACCAGGAAAACCCAAAAGCCAUUGAGACGUGUGUCGCGGCUGCUGGUUUCAGUGUGGGAGAGUUUGCUGCAUUGGUCUUCUCCGGAGCCAUGACUUUUGCAGAAGCUCUGUAUGCGGUGAAGGUGCGUGCAGAGGCCAUGCAGAGAGCUUCCGAGCUGGUCCCCAGCGGGAUGCUGUCAGUGGUGGGCAAACCUCAGGCCCAUUAUAAGUACGCCUGCCUGCAGGCCAGAGAGCACUGCAAGGCUUUGGGCGUGGAGGAGCCCAUCUGCACCGUGGCUAACUACCUUUUCCCCGACGGCAGGGUCAUCGCCGGGCACCAGCAGGGGCUGGAUUUCCUGCAGCGGAACUCCAGAACUCUUCAGUUUGUGAGGACCAAACUGCUGCCAGUGGGUGGGGCGUUCCACACCGAGCUCAUGAAGUCGGCCGCAGAUCCCCUCAGGGAUGUUCUCAGACAGCUGGAGGUGCGGCGCCCCGAGAUCAACGUGUACUCCAACGUGGACGGCAAGCGCUACACGAGCGACGGCCACGUGCGGCGGCAGCUGGUCAAGCAGCUGGUGGCGCCAGUCAAGUGGGAGCAGACGUUGCACGAGCUCUACGAGCGGGGGCGGGGUGAAAACUUCCCGCACACCUACGAGGAGCAAUGCCGAACUACCCCCGUCACUUUGCCGAGAGCUGAGCAGGUGACAAGGCCGAUGAUGGUGCACCAGUGACGGGCAGGGGAAGGGCGAGGUCCAGCCUGCUGGGAGGAUGCAGCAUCCUGCUAGCCUACACUGAUGACUGGC